CUUCCGUCUUAUACUCGGCACACAGCUCCGAGCACUCCAAGGAAACCCGUCAAGCAUCCCCACUAUAUCGCGAACGGCUCUACCAAGUUGCAGGAGCGCGCGAUCCACCCACGACGAAAAAUGUCCGAAGAAGAAAGCCCCGCUGAGCGGGUAGCUAUUGGUAUUUCCUUUGGAAAUUCAUAUAGUUCGAUUGCGUAUACUUCCGGGGAAGGAAAAGCAGAGGUCAUCGCCAACGAGGAAGGAGAUCGUCAAAUUCCCUCUAUACUAUCAUACGUGACUGGAGAGGAAUUUCAAGGUACACAAGCAAAAGCACAGCUGGUUCGAAAUGCCAAAAACACAGUCGCCUAUUUCAGAGACUUCCUAGGACAAGAUUUCAAAUCAAUAGACCCGACGCCAUGCCACAAUUCUGCGCACCCGCUCCAGCACGAAUCUACGGUAGCCUUUAAGAUAAAAGACAAGGAGGACGAUACCGAGAGCACUGUCACUGUCUCUGAGAUCACAACGCGCCACCUUCGCAAACUGAAGAACUCUGCCUCGGAUUACCUGGGCAAGAACGUCAACGCAGCCGUCAUCACCGUUCCUACCAACUUCUCGGAUGCCCAAAAGGAAGCCCUUAGCAAAGCUGCCAAAGACGCAGGCAUCGAGGUCCUCCAAUUCAUCAAUGAGCCAGUCGCUGCUGUUCUCGCCUACGAUGCGCGUCCAGAGGCCAAGCUCGCGGACAAGAACAUUGUCGUCGCGGAUCUAGGCGGCAUUCGCUCUGAUGUCGCUGUUAUUGCAUCCCGAGGCGGCAUGUACAGCAUCCUAGCCACUGCACACGACUACGACGUUGGUGGCGCGCAAUUGGACCAAGUCCUCAUGGACUACUUUGCCAAGGAGUUCCUGAAGAAAUGGAAGAAUGGUGGAGACCCGCGGAGCGACGAUCGCGCGUCUGCGAAGCUCAAGCUGGAGUCGGAAGCGGUCAAGAAGGCGCUGUCCAUCGGCUCUUCUGCGAACUUUUCCGUCGAAAGCUUGUCGAAAGGUUUCGACUUCACAUGCAGCAUCAACCGCAUGCGCUACGAAACCAUCUCGGCGAAAGUGUUUGCGGCCUUCACCCGCCUCGUUCUAAACGCUGUCGAAAAGGCCCAGCUAGACCCGCUCGAUAUCUCAGAAAUCAUCCUCGCCGGUGGAACGGCGCACACGCCGCGCAUUGCUUCUUCGCUUGCUUCAGCCUUCCCAGGGUCCACCACCGUCCUUGCACCCUCUACCUCCCCCACUGCCAUCAACCCCAGCGAGCUCGCUGCUCGCGGCGCCGCAAUACAGGCCAGUCUUAUCCAGGAGUUUGAGACUGAGGAUAUCGAGCAGAGCACACACCCUAUGGUCACGGUCACGCCUCAUCUGGCACGCGCGAUUGGUGUUCUUUGCAUCUCGAGCGAUGAAUCCACUGGAGUUUUCCGCCAUCUAGUCGAAGCUGAGACCCCAGUGCCGGUACGGAGAACGGCCAUCAUUGCUACUCCACGAGAAGGCGGGGACGUACUUGUGAAGAUUUGCGAGGGCAUAAGAGUGAUCAAGGUUACGAAGCCGGAGCCAAAAGCUAAGGCCAACGGCAAAGCAGAGAACGACUCAGACGACGAUGAGGACAGCGACGAAAGCGACGAGGAGGAGUUGAGGGAAAAAACCUACAAGGUUGAGAACGUCUUAGCGGAAGCCGCGCUCAAGGGACUCAGCAAGGGUGCUAAGGUCGAGCUGCAGAUCAAUGUUGCGGCAGAUCUGAGCUGUACGUUCUUUGCUAGAGAAGUAGGAGGCAAGGUGGCUGUGAGAGGUGCCUGGAAAGCACCUGGCAAGGCAUAGAUGCUCCUUGUAUUCUGAGUUUCAGCGGAGCGAGCUUCUUCUGGUUAUGUUUAUAGACGGAUGGGCUAUUUUCGGUUCGCGGUUGACUGCACCUUAGGUCCAAGCGUCUAUGCAACAGGACCCU